AUGCCGGAUGUCUGGAUGUAUAUGAAGAAUAUCGCGCUUCUAGCAAGGUUCCAAAGUGAUGACCGUUGUAUUGUUGUUACUCCGUGCCCACACACUUUGCUUGUCUUGUUGUUUGAAUGUUGUAACAGUAUCAAAAUGUUAUUGCUUUUGAUUGCUGGUGAUGUGGAGCUUAACCCCGGUCCCUCAACUGAUGCAAUGUUGAAGCAAAUUUUGGAAAACCAGAAUCGUGAUGCUAAGAUAAUCACUGAAAUGAGAGCGGACCAAAAUAAAUUUGAGAAAAGCUUGGAAGACCUCGGCCCAAGGAUGAAAACUCUUGAAGAGAAAAUGGAGAAGAGCAUCGAACGGAUACACCGGUUAGGCCGUAAAAUGCCAAACAAAACACGUCCUGUAAUCAUGAGAAUCCUUGAUUUUUCUGACAAGGUCAAAGUGCUCAAAUCCUGUCAUCACCUGAGAAACACGGGUAUUUCAAUCACCGAAGAUUUUUCACUUCGCGUUCGCACUAUUCGCAGAAACUUGUGGAAUAGCUCAAGAGGUGAAAGGGAGAAAGGUGCAAAAGCAAAACUUAUUUUUGAUAAGCUGCUGCUUAAUGGUGUCAGGUACGUCUGGAAUGAGAGAUCCCGCGACAGAGAGCCAUUAGAACCAAUAGUGAAAGAGAGUGGCGGCGGUCCCAUAACCAGGUACAAGACCUCGCGUGAAGGAACCCUUCCACAACAGAUCCCGUCUGCCUGA